AUGUCCCCGGUCUACGACUAUCUCCCGCAGCAUGUCCCCAGUCUACGACUAUCUCCUGCAGCAUGUCCCCGGGUCUAUGACUAUCUCCUGCAGCAUGUCCCCUGGUCUACGACUAUCUCCUGCAGCAUGUCCCCGGGUCUACGACUAUCUCCUGCAGCAUGUCCCCAGGUCUAUGACUAUCUCCUGCAGCAUGUCCCCGGGUCUGCUCCAGCCCUUCCCCUGCUGCAGCGUGGCCCACGGAGCAAGUGUCCUGGACAAGGCAGCGAGUUCAAGACACACCAUUUCCAGUGCGAUACGGCACGAUUCGUGGCCGGUUGCACUGGAUCGCAGAAAUUAAGCCGCGCCACGUUCUGGGGCGGGAGGGGAAGUGGCGGUUCCAUUCAUGUCAAUAGCACCGCAGACACACCCUCAAGCCCCCGCAGUGCAAUUGCCCGCUCUGGAACCCAAGUUGACACAGGAGGCCAUGACAGCAUCCCCUUCACCCUCAGUACGAGCAGCCGAGUAAUACCAGUGGUGCAGUUGGCGAGGCCGUCUGGCAGUUGGUUAAGUAGAGCCUCAGUGGGCCUUGCCGCCAGCGUGGUGCCCAAGAGGGAAGAGGCGGCCGGCCUGAUAUUGGAGUUUCUCAUCUGCACACUUACAAUGAAGUUCUCAGUACGAAUCGUCAUAUUACUCCUUGUCUUCGGCUUCAUUUUCUUCUGGAUGAAGAUGAUAAAACUGACACCGCUCCAGCAAACUAUCACUAUCCUGGCAAGAGAUAUUGAGAAGGAAACGAAGGCUCCGUCCAUUACCCCCGACACGUUCCUUCACGUUCAGCAGCUCAGAAAAAGGACAUUGAGAAACUUUUGUCACCAGUUUCCAGAACUGAACAAGCUGAAUGCAUCAGAAAAGGCGGAUGAGCUACUGUCCACCUUGGCUGUGAGCCCCAAACUGCUGAUGGUUUACUGUAAGCCCCCCGAUCUGGCCAUUGAUGAUUGGGAAGAGAUGAUACGACAUAUGGAGGAAAGGGUCAACGAGACCAUACAGGGCCCACUCAUCGAUGAUGAUAAACCACAGACGUUCCCCAACAAACUAGGCGAUCACAACCCCUCCGCAUUGAAGCAUGUCCUUCAAACUUUCACCAAGGUCCUCUUUGUCAAGGACCCGUAUGAAAGGCUCGUAUCUAGGUACAUGGACGGCCAUGCCGGAGAGAUAACGUUCGAUGAGUUUAUUGAUGACACGCUCAUUGAGCAGGUUGCAGAGGGCGGCCUUUCUUCCGAUUCCACGGUUAGCUUGUGUCACCCUUGCUUUGUCAGAUACGACUACAUAGUGAAGUAUGAUUUUUCAGAGGUUGAACUUUAUCACAUUGUCCAGAGAUUGGGUUUGCCGGGGAAGCUACAUUGGUCAUGGUCUUCCGGGAGCAAGUCUAGACUGACCUCAAGAUGGCUGGCGGAGAACUUGUUCCAUGGACUGAGCCAGCAACUGAUAAACCGACUUUCCUUAGCCUACUGGUGCGACUUGGUGGCCUUCAAUCUACACAACAGUUUGCUGUGGAAUGGUCCUUUGUCACGAUCAGAUAAAUUAUUAUAA